AUGCCUCCAAAGAAGAAGACCAUAAGCAAUUCCAUGGCUUCCCAAGACGAGCUGGACUAUGGUGACUCAGAAUCAAGGCAAAAUUCCUCUCUUAAAGAGGAAGAACAUGCAAGUGAAGGAGCUUUCACCCUUACAAACCUCGUUGCAGCCAUCCGUGCUAUGGGGGAGACCCAGAGGGAGAUGGUAGACAUAAUCAAAGAGCUAAAAAGCUCAGUCUCCAAGCCAAGCAAAGAAAACGAAAAACCUCCCCAAGAGGAGCCUAUCGCUGCCAAAGGAAGUUCUGAACAAAAGGAGCCAUCUUUUGUCACUCACAAAGAUGUCAUUGCCAUGCUGAAGAAGAAACUAAGCCGAAGCCAGGGGGAUUGGAACUACAAAGCACCAAACUUUAUUCUCUUCAACGGAAGGAAGGGAAGCCCGAAGGAGCAUGUCAACCGCUUCAUCGAUGCUUUGGGACCACAAGCUGAUGAUUGUAAUCUCCGACUUAGAGAAUUUUCAAAAAGCCUUACCGAUCGUGCUUACACAUGGUAUACGACGUUGGCACCAGGCACUGUUCGUUCUUGGGAAGAUUUAGCAAACAGGUUCCGGGACCUAGCGUUGGAUUGCUACGAUGAGAAAGAUGAGGAGGCGCUUGUCGAAAUUUGCAUCAGCAAUAUUGUGGUAGAGUAUAGAGUUUAUUUGGGGAAUAUUGGCAUCUAUCUCAGCUGGGGUAGUGAUCUGCAGCAAAUGCAAAUGUGA